UCUGAAUCCAAUGGCAAUCCGAUGGCAUUUAUGGCCUUUUGAGCCUAAAUCAAUGGCAACAAGGUCAACGGUGCACAACCAACCCUAAAAAAUUUCUAACUUGGAGAUGCAGGUACUUGUAGCCAAUGGAUUCACUAGCACGGAUUCCUGAAACCUGCCGUUGUUUAUAGCUUUUUCCUCGAUACGGUACAAAGCUUUCCAGUUUCCCCUAUUAAAUCCACAUUUCACCCCUGCACCCACUCAGCUUCCUUUCUUAACCAUCUUCUUAACUUACUCUCUUCCUUCAAAGACCCCAAAGACCGGACCUUUUCUAACAGACCAGAUGGACUACUCUGGACCGUCAAGGAGGCCUUGUAUUAUAGAAGAAGAUGAUGGGUUGGCUUCUCUUGUAGUUAUGGAAGCUGGAUACUUAGGAAGCCAUUACCACAGUCAUAAGCAAAAUGGGUUUUUUUCAAGACCUUUUUGUUACUCUAGGAGGAGUAGUUUGAGGAAUCUGUCUUGUUCUUUAGUUUCUUCUCCAAGGCCUUCCAGGCUUUAUGAUGCCAGAUUUGAAGACCAUCAACCCCAUUUCUUGGAUGCUUGUUUUCUUUGCAAGAAACCUCUGGGGGGUAACCGAGACAUCUUCAUGUACAGAGGGGAUACACCUUUCUGUAGUGAAGAUUGCAGACAAGAACAAAUAGAUAUAGAUGAAGAUAAGGAAAAGAACUGGAACCUUUCUUCCUCAAUGAAAGCUUUGAGAAAGAAGGACCAAAGGAAAUCUACAUCUCCAACUAAUGCCAAAGACUACUCUUUACAAAGAGGCACUGUUGCAGCUGCCUGAAUCACCUCCCCAAAGGAAAUAAUAUUAAUAUCUGCAUAUAUAAUAUAUAAGUUGAAAAAAAAAAA